AUGGAGCCUCCAAUGUGCGCAAAGGGCUGUGGCUUUUAUGGAUGUGUCGAAAACAAGAACAUGUGCUCAAAGUGCUACAAAGAUCAUGUAAAACAAGAGAAUCUCAAUGCUCGGUCGACCACAGUGGCUUCAUCAGAGGAAAAAACUGAUCUGGGUUCCAUCGCUAGAGGAAUUUCCUUGCUUUCUUUUCAAACUUCAGAUGAUUCAGUUUCUAAUACUAAUACUAGUAAUAUUGAUAAUAAUAGUGGAUCAAAGAAAAACAGGUGUGAAAGCUGCAACAGAAAAGUUGGAGUGUUGGGGUUUGAAUGCCGUUGUGGUGGAGUGUUUUGCGGAAAGCAUAGGUAUCCAGAAACACACUCAUGCAAUUUGGAUCUCAAGAAGGCUGGAAGAGAUGUUUUGGCCAAGCAAAACCCUCUUUGCAAGGGUGACAAGCUGCAGUGCAGGAUUUAG